AUGUGCUGCAAUCGCCCGCUGUCGUUCCCCAUGCUAGAAGGCGGGCCGCCGCCGACGGAGAUGGGCUCCGCGGCGGCCCCGCAGAGCCCCUCGCCGAAGAGGAGGAGGGCAGACUGUGGGCCGAAGCCGUCGGGCCCGGAGUUGAAGAUCCCAGAAUCGCGAUGGCAAUACCGUGGACCAAAGUUAGCGCCGCCCAAAGACACCGCCGGAGACCAGAGGCGACCGGAAGCGCCAAGGCCAGCUCUCGCCCCUGAGCCGAGCGCGCCGGCCGAGCCAGAGCCGCAGGCGCCGCCGUGCCCUGAGUCGAGGGCAGCGGCCGCGCCCGAGCCGCCGGCGCCAACCGAGCCCGCCCCGAGUACUUUGAGGGCAGGGCAAAUGGCCGCGGCGAGGGCGUCGGAGGGCGAGCUGACGAGGAGGGUAGUGGCAAAGGGCACGCUGACUAGAGAGUAG